UGCUCCCCCUAUAUAUGUCAAGCAACUUCAUCCGAUCUCGGAAAAGCCGUGCACUGAUCCAGUUUUAUCAGCUCCAUCAACGUACCACAGCGAGGCUGCAGCUUUUGUCGAGAACGAAUUGGACGGAGACAUGGCGGACCGGCGGGAAACAGCCAUGGCGGGCUGCAACGAUCAGUGCGGAUGCCCCUCCCCCUGCCCAGGAGGAGAUGCUUGCCGGUGUGCUACGAAGGAGAGCACGGCGGGAGGAGCGGACCACAAGAAAUGCCCGUGCGGGGAGCACUGCAGCUGCAACCCCUGCACCUGCGAAAAGAGCCAGGCCUCCUCCGGCAGCGGCAGGCCGAGCUGUACGUGCGGCCCUGGGUGCACGUGUGAGACAUGUGCCGCCUGAGCGGAGCGACUUAGCAUGAUAUAUACAUACGGGAAGAGCGUAAAUAGCUACUAAGGUUGUGUAAUGUGAUCAUCAUCGGAGCUGAGCAUAAAAUAGCUACUAAGGUUGUGUCAUGUGAUCAUCAUCGGAGCUGCGUAUGUGUAGAGCGAUGGGAUUCCCGGUAUGUGUAGAGCAAUGAGAUUCCCGACAUCGGGUUUGUUGAUGGUCGGGUUGUGUGUGUUGUCUUUGCUUUAAUGAACAUCUAUAAAACCGGACGUAUACUUUGUUAGUCCCAGGAGUUUCUGGA